UAAUGUCAGCUGAUCACUGCAGUACAACGUGCAACCAAACCAGCCCGUCAGCAAUGUAAACACUGACUUUCUCUUCAUGUGCUGUGGAUUUCUUAGCCCGCAGCCCAGUUCUGCUUGGAGAAAUUGAUGUUGCUGUCGCCAGGAUGGCUUCAACCUCUUCCAGCUUUGCUCCUCCAAAACUUUCCGACUUCAUCCUCACAGAGAAGCUGGGCAGUGGUACCUAUGCUACGGUCUACAAAGCCUACCGGAAGGGGGACAGUCGAGAGGUGGUGGCGGUGAAGGUGGUUGGGAAGAAGACUCUAAAUAGGGCAUCUACAGAAAACCUGCUCACAGAGAUUGAAAUCCUAAAGACAAUGCGUCACCCUCAUAUAGUCCAGCUAAAAGACUUUCAGUGGGAUGCUGAGAAUAUUUAUCUGAUCCUGGAGUGGUGUUCUGGUGGAGAUCUCUCCCGCUUUAUUCGCAGUCGCAGGAUUUUACCUGAGAGGGUAGCCCGUCGCUUCCUGCAACAGAUGGCCUGUGCCCUUCAGUUUCUUCAUGAGCGAAACAUCUCACACCUGGACUUAAAACCUCAGAACAUUCUGCUCAGCGGCUCUGUCCUAAAACUAGCAGACUUUGGUUUCGCCCAGUACAUGUCACCAUGGGAUGAGCAGAGUGUCCUGAGAGGUUCUCCUCUUUACAUGGCUCCUGAGAUGGUGUGUAGACGCCAAUACGACUCCAGGGUGGAUCUCUGGUCAGUAGGAGUCAUUCUCUAUGAGGCACUGUUUGGGCGAGCACCAUUUGCAUCAAGGUCAUACGCUGAAUUGGAGGAGAAGAUCCGGAGUAACCAGCCUAUUGAGCUCCCUCCCGGGGCCAGGGUAUCCAAGGACUGUAGAGACCUUCUGUUGCGGCUGCUUGAGAGAAACCCAGAUGCCCGGAUCACCUUUGCAGAGUUCUUCACCCACCCUUUUGUGGAUAUGGAGCACAUGCCGAGUGCAGAGAGCUUGGUGAAAGCGAAAGAGCUGGUCCUGCAGGCCGUUCAGAAGGACCAGGCGGGGGAGCGGACUGCUGCUCUUUCCCUUUACUGCAGUGCCCUUGAGCAUUUUGUCCCCGCUAUUCACUACGAGACAGAUCGACAACGUAAAGAUGUCCUCAGGCAGAAGGUCAGCCAGUAUGUGUCCAGAGCAGAGGAGCUGAAAGCCUUGGUGGCCUCAGACAACAGACUGAGCUUUGAGGCGGCCCGGACCUCCAGGGAUGUCCUCCGAGAAAUGUCUCGAGACCAACCACGACUGCUGGCUGCUCUGGAGGUGGCCUCUGCUGCUGCUGCUAAGGAGGAGAGUGGAGUGGAUGAUAAUGAGGCCCUGGAUGUGUACCAACAGUGCUUAGGAGAACUACUGUUGGCUCUAGCAGCCGAGCCCCAGGGCCGCAGGAGAGAGCUGCUCCACAGCGAGAUUAAAAGCCUCAUGACCAGAGCUGAAUACCUCAAAGAACAUAUCAAGAUGCAGGAGACUCAGAGGGACGUGUCUCUGGAUCGAGAACCUCUUGCAGACUCCGUCAGAAGCUCUUGCUGUUUGCAGUAAGCGUGCCGCUCACCGUGGGAACUGAGCUGGGACGCCCCCGUGGAGCAUCAGACCGCCGGUCAGGUUGAACACAGAGCUUUCACCUGACCAGGUUUCUGUUGGGGCCAAAUCAAACCUGCAUCACACUUCACCCAAACUAACUCAGAACGCUGUCUGGGUGGGAUAUUAUCAUUGCCAGCUAAAUGUGGUCAAUGUUUUGGUUGUUGCUUGAAAGUUGAUGAUUUGGCAGAUUGAGGACUUAUGUUUAUAGUUAUUUGGAGGUGGUCAGUUUGGCUGGUAAAAUACUGAAAUUUUGUGUUUACACACUGUCGAAUGUGAAAGUUAUUUCAGAGUAGUGUUGUUGCACUGCUUAGCCUCAAAUCCCCCUUUACUGACACACCAUUGAUAUGUAAAUGCUGGACAGCUUGUAUGACAAUACCACACUGUCAUGGUAAACGAGUCAAACAGAGACUGUUGCAUUUAUUGUAGCGUGGAACAAUCUACGGUAUUUGCAGCACACCUAACAACUGUGAAAACCUGAAAAUAUAAUCAAGGGGUAACUGUGACGUCAAGAAGUAUCACAUCAGUUUUGAACUGUAGUAUUAAGUAUAAUAUUAUAUUGAGGCCUCGGCAAACAUGCACAUACUCCCUCACCCUCCCUUCCCCACUGCCUUUACUGUGGCUCAACCACAGCCUCACCAUGCUCUCUCCACUGAUGGAGCCCUCUCCACCACUAUGAGGGGAAAACUGGAGAGGUGCGGCCUCUGCCUUAUUUACACUAGACUUGCAUUUUCUUAGGUUUGGCACUGGCUGAGUAUUUGAGGGAUACAGUGAGUUGUAGCGCUCAAGCACAGCCUUCAUAACUAGGCCUCUGUGAAACGGUAAAAAGCUUAACAGUCGGUGGCCGUCGCUGUUGUAGGUCUCCACACUGUUUUUAUUUCAGACAGGUAAAGCGCUUGAAAAUCCAAAAGUGAGCUUUACUUUGUGAUUUCAGUUAUUAAGGCAACUGGAGAAUAUACCUGAAACAGGAGUCAAAGGAGAAAAAAAUAUGUCUGCUGGCGAGAUUUCCACACCGCUGUGUUGUUUUUCUUUUUUUAUUUCAGUGUUUAUACAGCUGUGAUUUUAUAUAUUAUGUAUUUAUUAUAUGAGAGAUUCAGUGGAAAAUAAAAAUGCUAUCACCAAA